AAAACCAGCAACAAAAGGAAAGCCAAUUGGAAUUUUGUUCUCAUAUAUUGUAGCCCUCUCUCUAAAUCUCUGAUUUUCUUGGGUCGCAAACAACACGGUGAAAAGACCCAAUUUUCGCCCGCCUGAAAUCAUUUGAUUCUGUGAUUCGACGAUCUUGAGAUGGAUUGGUGGUGCCCGCAUUGUUCGGAGAUUGUAUAAAUACUUGGGAAAUCUUGUGAUGUGGGUUUCGAAAUUAGGGUACGAAGAAGAUCAAAACUCUUCUGUUGGGUGUUGUUGGAAAUUUUGAAACCUGUCAAGCUUUUGUGCAAAAUUGUGAUUGAGGGUUCCGUUAUUUGAAGACAAAAGGAAACAGAUUGAUUAAAAAAAAAUAAAAAUAAUUCCCUCUUGUUUUGGGGUUCUGAAGAAGGCAAUGGUGACCACUACAUGGAGAAAAUUGGUGACCCCUUGCUGGAAGCCCUCAGUGGAUAAUCAAGGUCAAAAUGGCAGCAACAGUGGAGAUGAUCUUAACGGUCAUGUGGAUGGUUUGUGGUGGUACAAAGAUUUAGGGAAUCACAUUCAUGGGGAAUUUUCAAUGGCUGUGAUUCAAGCUAAUAAUGUGAUGGAAGAUCAUAGCCAACUGGAAUCCGGGCCAAUGAGCUCGAUCGAAUAUGGGCCUCAAGGGACGUUUGUCGGGAUUUAUGAUGGGCAUGCUGGUCCGGAAGCUUCUCGGUUUAUAAACGGCUGCCUUUUUGAAAAUAUUAAGAAUGAUAGAUAUUUCGAGGCAUACUCUAUUCAUGAUGCAGAAUUUACGUCAGAAAACCAUGAAAUGGCAGCCGAAGUCAUAAAAAACGCUUAUCUGGCAACUGAGGAGGAAUUCCUUUCUUUGGUCAAAAAGCAAUGGGCAAAUAGACCGCAAAUUGCUUCAGUGGGGUCGUGCUGUUUGGUGGGCGUAAUAUGCAAUGGCGUGUUGUACGUUGCGAAUGCCGGUGAUUCGAGGGCCGUUUUGGGAAGAGUAGAUAAAGGUGAAAAAGAGGUUAAGGCUGUUCAGUUAUCGGACGAGCACAAUGCGAGUUUUAAGUCUGUUCGGGAUGAGUUGCAGUUGUUGCAUCCUGAAGAUCCUCACAUUGUUGUUUUGAAGCAUAAUGUUUGGCGUGUGAAGGGUAUUAUUCAGGUGUCAAGAUCUAUAGGUGAUGCUUACUUAAAGAAAGCCGAGUUCAAUAGAGUGCCUUUGUUACCGAAAUUCAGACUUCCCGAACCUUUUGAGAAACCGAUUCUAUUGGCUGAGCCAUCGAUACACGUUCAAAAGCUUUAUCCAGAGGAUCAAUUUCUUAUAUUUGCUUCGGAUGGGCUGUGGGAACACCUGAGCAAUCAAGAGGCAGUCGAGCUUGUUCACAGUUCUCCACGCAACGGCAUUGCAAGGAAACUAGUGAAAGCAGCCAUACAUGAAGCAGCAAAAAAGAGAGAAAUGAGAUAUUCUGACCUGAGAAAGAUCGAUCGAGGGGUGAGAAGACAUUUUCAUGAUGACAUCACAGUUAUUGUUCUUUUCCUUGACUCACAUUUGGAUAACCGGAGUUCUUUCCAGGGGCCUAUUUUCUCUAUUAAAGCGUGUGGAUUUAACUCUGGAGACACCAAUACUUAGUAUAAUAGCCUUCUCAUAAAAACCAGUUAUUUUUCUUUUCUUUAUCAUCAUUGUUAUAAUUUUUCUUUUAGGUGUGUGUAUAGAGUUUGCUUUUUUGAAAUCUCACCCGUACUUUUUUCUUGAGGUUAGUGAUUAUGCCAGGAAGAUGAAAAAGAGAAGGAAAAAAAAAAUAAUAAAACAGAGGAACAGUUUAUGGUGACUGGCAGAUGAAACUGAGGGGAAGUGUUUAGGGUGAGAAAAGAGAGAGAUUUGGUUCAUUGCUAUUAGAAUAAUAUUCAGAUUCCUUCAUUGAUAACCCNUUUUUUUCCUCUUAUGCAAAAUACUGACCUGUGUAUUUUGUUUUUGCGAAAGUUUCAAAUUUGUUUCAUUGAUAACCAUAGAUUUGGCUUUAUGGUGAUGAUUAGUUUGAGACUUCAAGUCCUUGAUUCAUGAGAGACUUAUCAGUUUCAGUUUUCUAUUUUUUGAUUUUUU